UCUUUGCAUGCAUGGUGGUGGGGGUGUUGUGGUCAGGUAGACAUCCCCUCUAUAUACCUCUGCAUGCAUGGUGGUGGGGGUGUUGUGGUUGGAGAUGCAGCCGAGCAGAUCCAUGUUUUGUCCCCCGCUCAGCUCACGUGUCUCUGCUGCUCGGCAGCGCCCGUCAAGCUGUCGCUAAAGCCGAGAGGAGAGCUUAUUAUGGGAGCUGCUGCUGCUGCUGCUGUCCUAUAUAAGCUGCAGCAACACACUGCAUUUCUGCAGUUCUCCCCAGCCAUGGAUUCCAGUGGACGCUGUCCGAGAGCAAAGUGUUGUUUGUGAGACAUUCAUAAUGAAGCGAGGAAGGACAGGUUUCAAGUCAAAGUGCCAGCUCUUCCCCUCCCACGACAAGAGGGCUAAAAGACAGAAGCGGAGGACGUCCAGCUUUGCCCUGACCUCAACAGAGGACUGGGGUAACCUGCCCCACCAUGUCGUCCUGCAGAUCUUCCAGCACCUGUCCCUGGUGGACCGGGCCAGGGCCUCGUCCGUCUCCCGCUGCUGGAAUGACGUCUUUCACUCCCCCGAUCUGUGGAGGAGGUUUGAGUUCGAGCUUAAUCAGCCGGCCACGUCUUACCUGCGCUCCACUCAUCCUGACCUCAUUCAGCAGAUCAUCAAGAGGCAUGCCCAGCACCUGCAGUAUGUCAGCUUCAAGGUGGAUAGCUGCACCGAAUCUGCAGAGGCGGCCUGUGACAUCCUCUCCCAGCUGGUGAACUGUACCAUUAAGACCCUGGGGUUGAUUUCCACGGCACGGCCCAGCUUCAUGGAUGUGUCUCAGGCCCACUUUGUGUCUGCACUGACAGUGGUGUUUGUCAACUCCAAGUCCCUGUCCUCCAUCAAGAUUGAUGAUACGCCAGUGGACGACCCGUCCCUGAAGGUGCUGGUCGCCAACAACAGCGACACCCUGAAGCUGCUGAAGAUGAGCAGCUGUCCUCACGUCUCCCCAGCAGGUAUCCUGUGUGUUGCAGACCAGUGCCAUGGACUCAGGGAGCUGGCGUUGAACUAUCAUCUCCUGAGCGAUGAGCUCCUGCUCGCCCUGUCCUCUGAAAAACACGUCCACUUGGAGCACCUGCGCAUCGACGUGGUGAGCGAAAACCCCGGGCAGACACACUUUCACACCAUCAAAAGGAGCAGCUGGGAGGCUCUGGUGAGACACUCGCCUAAGGUCAACAUCGUCAUGUACUUCUACCUCUACGAGGAUGAGUUUGAGCCCUUCUUCUGCGAGGAGACUCCCGUCACCCACCUGUACUUUGGCCGGGCGGUUAGCAAAGAGAUGCUGGGACGCAUCGGGAUGAACUGUCCCCGGCUGGUGGAGCUGGUGGUGUGCGCCAACGGCCUGGAGCCCCUGGACGAGGAGCUGAUCCGCAUCGCCGAACGCUGCAAAAGCUUGACUGCCAUCGGGCUGGGCGAGUGCGAGGUGACCUGCAGCGGCUUUGUGGAGUUUGUAAAGACGUGCGGGGGCAGGUUGACUCAGCUGUCAAUCAUGGAGGAGGUGUUGAUCCCAGACAGCAGCUACAACAUGGAGCAGAUCCACAGCGAGGUGUCCAAGCACCUGGGCCGCAUGUGGUUCCCCGAUAUGAUGCCCACCUGGUAGGCUGACAUAAAGCCAGAAGGGAGGGCUGCAGUGUGAUGAUGGGUUCUUUUUGGACAGGCGAGAGACAGUUUCUCUGUCGUCAGUGUUCAUUUCUAAAUCUGUCACUUGUAUUUUUACCUGCAGUAGAUUUGAUAUAAGACUGAAAAUGCUUUCUUACUUAAAAACAGAUUGAUUUCUGUCGGCUUUCUCUCCAGAUCCAGAUAUAUCGUGAUGUGACAUCUUGGAUGUAGUAGGUUCUUUCAGUCUGUGAAGGAUGGUCUGAAUUGCAACCUUUCAACCAUUGUGCGUAAAGGAUGUGGAUCUGCCAUCUGCUGGUUGCUUAUGUUAAAAGCAUCACACUUCAUCAUUUAUGCUGAACAGCAUCUCCCACAAUACAUCAGUGUGUGCUGUUCAGUGAAUUCUGGGUCUUAUUUUGUGGUGAAAUGUUAAUUAUUUUCCUUAUUGCUACAUCCCUCUAAGUCUCGCCCUAUCUACUCCUCCUUAGCAUUCCUACAUUUACCAUGAUACAGUUUGAGACCUCGUCUGGACUCAUCCAGCCAUUGGUAGAAAGAGCACGAACAAUAGUUAUAAUAAUGCAGUACAGAGAGAACAAGAGUUUCCAGUUGAGCCAGAGCAAGUCACACCUUCAUGUAAAAUGCAAUGGACUCAAGUCUAUCUAUGUUUGUGUCAGUGGAGACUUUAAUAGUUCAACUAUACUACAACAUUUUGAUUUGGUUUUCACUUGUCAGUUAAAAUAUCUGAAUUUAAUUUAAAGGCUUUAAAUGGUGCUAUAAAAUAUCUGAAUUCAGCUUUAGACAUCUAAACCAUUCAUACGGACUAUCUUCUUUUUUUCACUGCUAAACUUGAUUUUAUUUUCCAUUCAAAUUGGCAUUCAAAGCGCAUGUUCUAUGUUUAUAGUCUGAAAUCUAAGUUGAUAAGACAAUUGUCAUUUUGACCUAACAAACUCUCAUUCUUAGAGAGAUAUCUCCAUGUGAUGUUUGUCAUUAUUGUCAUCUUCUAAAUUUGCUUAGUGAUCCUCAAUGAUAAGAUAAAACACAACCAAACCACAAAAUGGACCCUGGAAUACAAUGAACAUCACACAUUCUGUAGUUAGUAAUAGUAAAAACAGUGUUUUAAGUUCUGUUGUCACAGGUUUUCAUCAGAAAUAUGCAUAUUUCAACGGGUUAUGAAGAACUGAAGAGUUAUGUUUAAGCUUUUUUUUUACAAAAAAUAUUUCAGAUGCACUUUAUUUUUUAAUGUAUAUGGACAUCCCUGUUCAUCUAGGAGCACUGGCUAAAACAGAUGAAGGUUUCCACACUGGAUGUCUUUACCAUGUUCAAAAUAGAGGCCUUUGUGACAAUCAUAGUAGUAGUUUGAGUUUCAUUUUUUUUACCAUGAUAUAUUUUUGUUACCACAUGGUACAAAUUUAUUUUGUACAAAAUAGUUUUGGUGCGUUAAAUUAAAUAAAUCCCCCCAGCAUCCAGUGCCACACUGCAACAAACGAUGCAUUAAAACAGCUGUAAAGAUCUGCCUUGUAUUGGUUAAUUUGUCACAUAUCACACAUGUUUACAUGUUUUCUUUCUGUAUGUGCAGCAGUGACAGGGUUGCUCAGCUCUGCUUCACUGUAACAGCUGUUUCUUUAACUUAUGCUGUAUUUAAUUCUCAAUAAAGAUUAUGUUUAAUUAAC